AUGGAGCUGGGCCAAACGGUCAAUGGGACCAAAGUGACGGAGUUCAUUUUGCUGGGAUUUGGAGUCGGCCAACAGGAACGGUUCCUGCUCCUCAUCUUUUUUUCCAUUCUCUACGUGGUCACAUUGGCAGAGAACCUCACUAUCAUCAUACUGGUGGUUCUGGAUACCCACUUGUCCCGGCUUCCCAUGUACAUCCUGCUGAGCAACUUUUCCUUGCUGGAGAUUGGUUACGUGAGCACCACUGUGCCCCGGAUGAUCUUUGAUCUGACAUCCCCUCAAGGCGUCAUCUCUUUCAGGGACUGUUUCCUCCAGUUCUACCUUUUAUUUUCUCUUGGUAGCUCUGAAGAUCUUUUCCUUUUAUCCAUGGCCUUCGACCGGUACCUGGCCAUCUGUCACCCACUGCGCUAUGCACAAAUGAUGUCUUCAGGUUUCUGCUUUGCUCUGGUAAUUGCUUGUUGGGCCCUGGGCUUCAUGGCCUUCAUCAUUCCAGUCACUAUGAUCUCCAAGUUGUCCUUCUGCGGCCCCAACAUCAUUGACCAUUUUUUAUGUGAUCCUGCCCCCAUCCUAUCCCUGGCUUGCCCACCCAUAGGAAGUGCUCCCUUAGUCUGUCAGUUGUUUCUUGAUAUUUUUAUUUUAACCAUUGUCUUGUUGAUUGUGCUCUCCUAUGGCACUGUGAUUCUCACCCUGAUGAAACCCUCUUUCGCGGGCAGUCGUAGGAAGGCCUUCUCCACCAUAUCCUACCAUCUAAUUGUGGUGGCACUUUUCUACGGCUCUUUAGCAGCAAUAUACAUAUGUCCCAAAGGAGAAAAUCAGGCAGAAGUCACCAAAGUUGUUACGCUCUUCUACACUUCCAUUGCUCCCUUUUUGAACCCCAUGAUUUAUUGCCUGAGGAAUGAUCAGGUGAAGGAAGCUCUGAGCAGGCUGAGGAGAAAAAAGGUGUCAUUGCUGGGGAGAAACAAUGACAAUAUAAAGGGGGGGUGA